AUGUUACACUUAGCCUUACUGGCUUUGGUUCUGCCCUCUGCAAUCGCUCAUACUCCAGUUAUAUCCAAUGCCAAAACAUCCUUAACAUUAUUGUACCAGAAUAACCUUAACGGUACUGAUGAUUCAAAUCACAUUGGCUUUCUUCUGCUGGAUCCCUCCGACAAAAAGGAUGCAGCAAAGGCAUGCGAGGCCAUUGGGGAAUCCCUUAUUUCUCGAUCUCAAAUAAAAGCUCAUAGUGCCGACUUCGUCAGCUCGCUAUCCUACGUUGCUUACGCCGGCCGCGCCCAACCUGCGCACCUCUAUCAUAUUUCUGAUGGGGUUGUCGCGGUGGAUGCACAUGAGAACCUGAUGUUCCCGCCUAUACCAUCACGAAGCAUUAAACUCCCUGUUUUAUGUACCCAGUCAAGCCAGCAAGGCCAGCCAUGGGAUGCGGUGGCCACAACGAGUAACCAGGUAGCUAUUGCAUCGACUGGGAAUACCUAUGUUGGAUACCGGAAUCAGAAAUCAUUUCGAUUUCUCGGCAUACCAUAUGCCGACACCCCAAAGCGCUUUGUGCACUCGGUCCCAUACUCGAAAACAAAACAGACUCUCGAUGCUACUGUAUAUGCUCCACAAUGCAUGCAGUAUGGAUCAGGUGCCGAGAGCUGUCUUUUCCUCAACGUCCAGACGCCGUACUUGCCGAAACAAGGCUCCAAAAAAGACCUCCGGCCAGUGUUAUUCUGGAUCCACGGUGGCGGCUUUACUGGGGGAUCAGCUGCCGACGCAGGGACUGAUGGAGGCAAUCUAGCCUCUCGUGAAGAUAUUGUUGUCGUCCAGAUUCAAUAUCGUCUCGGUACAUUAGGUUUUCUCGCCAUCCCCGGAACCAGCGUCACAGGCAACUAUGGAAUUGCGGACCAAAUCAAUGCACUACAGUGGGUCAUUAAGAACAUCGCCUCCUUUGGUGGAAAUCCAAAGCAAAUCACGAUUGGUGGCGAUUCAGCAGGCGCCGGUUCUGUACGAGCGCUCCUCGGCUCCCCACCAGCAAACGGCAAGUUUCAAGGUGCAAUCGCCAUGUCCAACCUUGGCGGUGGUGUUACAUUAGGUCUAGAAAGCACUUAUUCUACGACAUACAGUUCAUAUCUCACAGUCGCCGAGUCCUACGCUCUUGCGGGACAGAACAUCUUCCUUGCCGCCGGGUGCAAACAAGCUGCUCUUUCUGAGCAAAUCGCAUGCCUUAAGAAUGUGCCUGCAUCUACCGUCAGUGGGCUCAGUUCAACGGCCCGUUAUGUUGUUCAAGACGGCACCUACGUGAAUACCCCACAGCUUAAUGUCGUGAAACGCAGUGGAAGCACAGCCCAUGUUCCUGCGAUGUUUGGCGUGGCUCGCGAUGAUGGUUCCUCAAUCGGCGCAUCGUACCCAGCCACUCCAGUCACCAGCGAAAUAGAAGGUAUCCAAAAGUCUCUGGGUAUCUCGGCGUCUUAUGCGCAAUCCGUCAUCGAUAGCGGACUUUUCCCACUCUAUAAUACCGGCAACAUAACACUCGAUUCCUUCAACGUUUCUGCGCGCGUUGCAACCGACAGUGGUUUCCGCUGCGUGGACCAGGCCACCAUGUUUGCGGCUGCUAAGUCACAUGCAUUCGCGGCUUCUUAUUACUACGAAAUGGACCGUACCGUCGGAGGUUACGAUUCGAAUUUGCUAGGCGGCGCUCCUGUGACCCCAGGCUACCCCAAUGGAAACCCAAAUCUCCCAUACUUCCGUUUCCAUAGCGGAGCCACGGCGCCAUUUAUCUUUGGGAACGUAAGCCCAAUCCGUGACUCGAAUGAUCUUAAAGCUGCGCAGUUGAACUCGGGCUAUUUUGCGCAGUUCGUGAAGAAUGGACAGCCCAACCCAUCAGAGCGCUAUUUGACGACAAGGAAAUAUGGAGACACGCUGCAUGCAGUACAGCAUACGGGGCAGUGGAAUCAGAUCAAGGACAAGAACGGCCCAAUACGCCUAUUGGAUUAUCCCUCUGUCUCAAGCGGGUUUGUGGAUGUGCCACAGUGCGCGUUCCUGAAUUAUCCUUUAAGUUACUAUGUAGAUGGUGGACGAUAA